UAGUUGAUACCACCAUUUCUCUCCAAACACUUCGAUCAACCCCUCUUCCUCUCUUACCCCAUCUCGUCACUUGAUUCAUGGACAGCACCGAUUCCUCCUCGGGCUCCCACCAUCCGCAGCUGCCGCCGGGGUUUCGGUUCCACCCCACUGAUGAGGAGCUGGUAGUCCACUACCUGAAGAGGAAGGCGGCCUCCGUGCCACUACCUGUGACCAUCAUAGCAGACGUGGAUCUUUACAAGUUUGAUCCAUGGGAGCUACCAAGUAAGGCUACGUUUGGGGAGCAAGAGUGGUACUUCUUCAGUCCUAGGGACCGGAAAUACCCCAACGGCGCACGGCCUAAUCGGGCUGCGACUUCUGGGUAUUGGAAGGCGACUGGAACCGAUAAGCCUAUACUGACAUCAAAUGGAAGUCAGAAGGUGGGAGUGAAGAAGGCAUUAGUCUUCUAUGGUGGGAAACCCCCAAAAGGGAUCAAAACCAAUUGGAUCAUGCAUGAGUAUAGACUCAUUGACAGCACUUCUUCUAAUACAAAACCUCCUGGCGCGGACAUGGGAAACAAGAAAGGGUCUUUAAGGCUUGACGAUUGGGUGCUGUGCCGGAUUUACAAGAAGAACAUCUCACAAAGGCCAAUGGAGAGGGACAAGGAGGAGUCCAUGGAGGCCCUGCUUGCAUCCCUGCCAGCUUCUUCCAUGACCAGCCAGCAGAAUACAAGGGCACAAACCCUGAGAAGUACAAAUUUUGGUGCAGUGCUGGAACAUGAAGAGAUCUCCUUUGAAGGUAUGUUGACAGGACAAAGCAUACAAGGGUUGCAAAGCAGCUCCAUGUCUCAGUACUGGAAUGGGGCGGGAUCAAUCGGACCAUCAUCAUCGGGGAAACACUUACAUACUGAUCAUACCAGUGGCACCAGUACUAGUGAAAUGGAUGGAAACAGCUCAUUCGUUUCCCUUCUCAACCAGCUUCCCCAAAGUGGUACAUUCCAUCAAAACACUCUUCUGGGGUCUCUAGCUGAUGGUGCUUACAGGCAACCCCAUCGGCUUCCCGGCAUGAACUGGAACUCAUAGUUUGGUUUCUGAUUAUGACUCUGAUACUGGUAUCCAUAUGCUAAGUCCAAAUCAGAAAAUUCAGUCAGAAUUUGAUGCCCCUUUUCUUGGCUUUGAGUUUGUUUUCAGGAUAUAUACAUAUAUAUACAUCAGUAGUUGUGCUUUUGUUCA